GGCGGGCGCUGUGGGCGCGGGCCGGACUCCUCCUGCUGAUGUCAUCCGCCCCCCGCGCCAGUCCGCAGCCCCGCGCCCCACGUGCGGCCGCCCGCCCCGCUGCGCCCCACCAUGAAGGACUGCAAUAACGGCUGCCUGGCAGAAUAUACCGGAGAAGGCGGAUCCAAGGAUGCCGGGGAGACGUUUAAGGCGAAGGAUCUGGUCAUCACCCCGGCUUCCAUCUUGAAGGCGAAGCCAGACCCCAGCACGCUGGUCUUCGGGACGGUGUUCACGGACCAUAUGUUAACGGUGGAGUGGUCCUUGGAGUUCGGGUGGGAGAAGCCGCACAUCAAGCCGCUCCAGAACCUGUCCCUGCACCCCGGCUCCUCAGUGCUGCACUAUGCUGUGGAGUUAUUUGAAGGGCUGAAGGCGUUUCGAGGUGUAGAUGGCAAAAUUCGCCUGUUUCGGCCGAAGCUCAACAUGGAGCGAAUGCAUCGAUCCGCCACGAGGGCCACCUUGCCGGGGUUUGACAAGGAAGAGCUUUUAGAGUGCAUUAAACAGCUCGUGAAGCUGGAGCAGGAAUGGGUCCCCCAUUCAACGUCUGCGAGUCUGUACAUCCGUCCAACGUUCAUCGGAACCGAGCCUUCUCUCGGGGUCAAGAAGCCGACCAAAGCCCUGAUUUUCGUCAUCUUGAGCCCCGUGGGACCUUAUUUUGCCAGUGGAACCUUUAAUCCCGUGUCGCUGUGGGCCAACCCGAAGUACAUCCGGGCCUGGAAAGGCGGCACCGGGCACUGCAAGAUGGGAGGGAACUAUGCGUCCUCUCUGUUCGCCCAAUGCGAGGCGGCCGAGAACGGUUGCCAGCAGGUCCUGUGGCUGUAUGGGGAGGACAAUCAGAUCACCGAGGUUGGAACCAUGAAUCUUUUUCUCUACUGGAUCAACGAAGAUGGAGAGGAAGAGCUGGCGACCCCUCCGCUAGAUGGCAUCAUCCUCCCUGGCGUGACUCGACAGAGCAUCCUGGACCUGGCGCGCUCAUGGGGGGAGUUUAAGGUCUCGGAGCGGUACCUGACCAUGGGCCAGCUGACGGCGGCGCUGGAGGGCGGCCGGGUGCGGGAGAUGUUCGGCUCCGGGACCGCCUGUGUGGUCUGCCCGGUCUCCGAGAUCCUGUACGAGGGCCAGACUCUCCACAUUCCCACCAUGGACCACGGGCCGAAGCUUGCAAGCCGGAUCUUGGACAAGCUGACGGAUAUUCAGUAUGGACGAGAAGAGAGUGACUGGACUGAGCUGGUGUCCUGAGUGCACCGUCCUGGGCCACCUGUGUGCUGCUGGACCAGACCCAACCGCUGCUUUGGACUUAGGAUAGAUUUCCAUGGUUCCGUGUCUAUAGUUGUGCUUCAGUGUAGUUUGUCUGUCUCCAGCCGGUGAUGGCAUCCUCGGGUUGGAGGAAAUGAACUGCAUUCCUCAAAUGGUGUCUCGCAAACUUGGUGGUAGAAACUCACCUCGCCUUUCUCUUAGAAAGACAGAUGAUCGUCCAAGCCCAGAGCCUAGAAUUUCCCUCCAUGAUCUAGUUCCUGCCUUCAUCCUUCACAGAGACAUCACAGUGUCUCCUUGUCCUUUGGCAUAAAUUAUGUUCUGCUUUUUAACCAAAUGAGCGUUUCUGGGUUUACAAGUUGAUUUGAGUAAAGUGCAUAGGUAACAUUUCCAGAUAUUCAACUUUAUCCUUGGACAGCGUCUUUUUUGUUUU